AUGGGUUCAGACGGUGAAGCGAGCUCUCCAAUUGAAAAUGCAGCACCAAAUACAGCUUUAGUGGAAGACCUUGACUUUUCGCGUCGGAUUUUCCAUGUACAACCGUCAUCUGAAACUACUCUGGAUGACAGAGGAGGCCAACCGGGUUUAAAUGAGGCCAGUGGACUCUCUCAUCAUUCAGAUACUGACAACAAUCAACAAGCAGUAAACAAAGGAUCUGGUAGACAAGAAGGCUCUAAAGACAAUGUGGAAGCGAUCAAAGAUGGAACUAAACCUCAGCUCGCAGAAACUACGUUUGGAGAAGCAGAAUCACAGUUGGGCCGCAACAAGGAGACACCGACAGAGAGGUUAAAUUCUCAACGAAGUCCUCAACAGCCAGAAGAACACAAGCCAAAGGUCUCCCACGAUUCAUUUGACAACCUCAAAGAAAAGUCGCGCAAUGUGAGCUCAAUUUCGCGUCGCUCUACUAUGGAGAGUACGAAAGCAGGCUCUGAUUGUGUAGGACCUGAAUCUAUUAUGGAGUUGGAAAAAACAUCACUCGAGGAGGAAAGUAUUCGAAUAUUACAACCUACCACAUCUCGUGGGACACGAAAAUCUUCGGAUAUUGAUCCGAACAAAGCACCUCGAAAUAAUGCUGUCCUCAAUGAACUGUUCACAGAUAUCAUAGCAUCUGCAGCUCCAUCACUUCGACAUCUAGCAUCUCAAAGCACGCUUAGUGAAUCCGUGUCCAGCGCCAAGCGAAGCAAGACCUAUGAGCGACCACAUCGAUUAUCAACUCCAGUGGAAGAGCAAAGACACCCCGGGAAACCGGGAUUAUGGAGUGACCAAUUCAUGAAGAAUAUAGAUGAGAUGGUGGAUUGGGAAACCAAAGAGGUAAACGCAAUAUCGUUGUCCUCCACCAGUAAUCUGGAUGCGUUCGGGGCUCGCGCCAAGACCGAAAAAAAUGAGGAGGUUGUUGCGCCACCAGAGCCACAAGAAUUGGAUGCGGAAAUCGAGUAUCCUGGAACCCUUGCUUUGACGAUUCUCACAAUCGGGCUUUGCUUGUCGGUGCUUUUGAUUUCUUUGGAUAGAACAAUUAUUACAACUGCGAUUCCAUAUAUUAGUGGAGAAUUUCAUUCAUACGCGGACGUUGGGUGGUAUGGAAGUGCAUACCUACUUACGGCAUGCGCGUUCCAACCGAUGUAUGGAAGAAUCUUUACUAUUUUCAGUAUCAAAUGGUCAUAUCUAGGCGCAAACGCGCUAUUUGAGAUAGGAUCAUUGAUUUGUGGUGUAGCUCCGAAUUCUCUCACAUUGAUUAUAGGGCGUGCAAUCGCUGGAGUUGGGAGUGCGGGUAUUUUGACCGGGUCUUUUGUUGUGGUCGCUCAUAGUGUUCCGAUACAGAGACGUCCCGUCUUCACCGCAGCUGUGGGUUUGAUGUUCGGACUAGGAGCUACAGUGGGACCAUUGAUGGGAGGAGUUUUCACAGAUAAAGUAUCAUGGAGAUGGUGUUUCUACUUCAAUCUUCCGGUCGGCUGUGUAACCAUCUUGGCCAUGAUCUUAUUCUUCAACCCUAAGAAUAGCAUAGUCACAAAACGAUCGUUCGGCUCACGAGUUCUGGAUCUCGAUAUUCUUGGAAAUAUUCUUUUGCUCGGUGCAUGCGUUAUGCUUUUCAUAGCUUUCCAGCAUACUGAAGAGGGCAAUUCUUGGUCCAGCGCAAUGGUUAUUGGCCUUCUCGUCGGCUUCAGUGUAACCAUGAUUGUGUUAGGACUGUGGUUUUGGUACAGAGGCGACAAAGCUUUGGUUCCACUUGAGAUCCUCAAGCAACGAACCGUAUUAGCAAGCUGUCUCUUCUCAUUCUUUCUCUAUUCAGCUUUGAUUAUUCACGGCUAUUAUCUUCCUCAGUGGUUUCAAGCGAUCAAGAAUACAUCUGCCAUUACAUCUGGUGUUGACAUGAUUCCAUAUGUCCUCUGUAAUGCUUUCUUCUCACUCGUGGCCGGUGUUCUCGUCUCCAAAUCCGGAUACUUUACACCACCCGCUAUCAUCGGUACAGCAAUCGCUACGAUAGGCUGUGGAUUCAUCAGCACAUUCAGAACUGAUACCACAUCAGCUGAGUGGAUCGGCUACGAACUUCUCAGUUCGACGGGUUUCGGAAUUGCAAUCCAACAAGGAUUUACCGCUGUUCAAACCGUCUUGCCAUUGGAGAAAAUUCCUAUCGGCACCGCUGCGGUGGUCGCAUCGCAGUCUUUUGGUGGUGCAGUUUUUGUUUCUGUUGGAAAUACAAUUCUUCAGAACCAAUUGAAAGCCUCGUAUGACAGUGGACAACUACCAGGAAUCAAUAUCCAGGCAGUUUUGGAUGCUGGUGCCACAGGCUUCAGAUCUGUAGUUGAUGCGGAUCAAUUGCCUGCACUAUUGGAAGUAUACAAUGGUGCUUUACAGAAAGUUUUUAUCGCAGCAAUUCCUGUUACUGCAUUGGCGUUUAUCUCUUCUCUAUUUCUGGAAUGGAAGAGUGUUAAAACUCAGGAGUCCACUGAACAGGUUUGA